AUGUCGAACGACCAGGCUCCUGCGCCUGUAUCGGUGCUCUUUGUCUGCCUGGGAAAUAUUUGCCGCUCUACCAUGGCCGAGGGCGUGUUUCGUUCUCUAUGUUCCUCCUCACAGCAAUACGGCGAUUUAAUCGACGAAAUCGACUCCUCGGGCACGGGCGCAUACCACGCUGGCGAUUCUCCAGAUUACCGCACAAUGGCCACCCUGAAACAGCACAAUAUAACAAACUACCAUCAUUCUGCCAGGAAAAUCACAAAGGACGACUUUCGCAAAUUUGACUACAUACUCGCCAUGGACGAGUACAAUCUCAGAGACUUAUUACGGCUACGCGACAACAUCAUCUUGGGGGCACAGUCAGGAAGGACGAAAGGCCAUACAAAUAACGCUCGAUCGACCAGGGAUAAUACUGGCGAUGAUACGGCCACACCAAAGAUUGCAGAGGUACGGUUGUUUGGAGAUUUCAAUCCCGAUGGCACUGUCAACAAGAAGGUCGGCGGAGGUCAAGAGAUUGAAGAUCCAUACUAUGGAGGAAUCAACGGGUUCGAGAUUGCGUAUGAGCAAGCGAUGAAGUUUUCAAAAGGGUUUCUAGCAUACUUGGAAAAGAAAAGAGAACACUGA